GCUCUGCAGGAGAAGCAAAAUGGUGGUUUGGUUUGCGGUUGUGAGAACCUGAUGGUAUAGUCGCCAGAGUUACGAUGAACGGCAGACACUAGUGGUCGUACAAUAAAAGAGAAAGUGCAAUAAUGUGGUUAUUUCGGUAGCUAAUUCUUCAUAUUAUGAAAAUCAAAUAGGAUUAAGUAACCAUUUCUUACGAAAUGGAUAAUGUACCGCUGGACACAGAGCAUCAAUAUUAUUGGCAAGCAGAUUCUUCGCAAGCUCAAAAUUUUCCCUAUUAUACUAACUCCUCAGUAAGUUAUCCUCCCUCUGCUCUUCCUCCUCAGACAGCAUACAAUGCACCACCUCCUGACUACAACGGUUUUAACUACUCUGUUCCUCCUCCAUCAUACUUUUCAGUUCCUCUACCAAAUUCCAGUGCUGCAUAUCCUGCUGGAACUGUUACCUACUCCAGCUAUGAAUAUCAAAGUCACACAUCAGUUCAAGAAAACAAAGAUUAUUAUACCACUAGUUAUGCACAUUUACAGUCAUCUACUCACAAUUACAAUAACUGGGAUCCAAAGUGUCCAUACCAACAAAAUUCAAAGACUGAUAAUACCCAAUGGGUAGCCGAAACUUCAUCUUGGCUAUCCCACACUGCUGUCAAUUCCAAGUCACAAAAUAGUUCAGCUGACAAGGCUUACGAAUCUGUAAGCAAUGGCCUACGACGUUCUAAAAGCCCUGAUAGUAAAUUUCAUUCUUCUAAGUUUACAAGUAGGAGAAAAUAUGAUGAUUACUCUAACAGAUAUGGGGACCGAAACAAAGAGAGGAGAAGCUCAAGAGAUCGUUUUUACAAGAGAAGAAGCAGAAGUUUAGAUAGAAAAUCUUAUGCUAGCAAUAAUUCUUAUACAAACCAUUCAUCUGCAAGAAGUGAAAGAUCAGAAAGAUUGGAAAGACCAGAAAGUAGGUGUCGAAGUCGAAGAAGGUCUAUUAGCAGAAGUAGAAGUAAAAGGAGAUCAAGAUCUCAGGAAUCUUAUACAUCGCUACAGUCGAGUCGCAGUACCAAUAAUGUAGCCAAGCGUAAGAGUCUUAGUGAAAGAGAAAUGUUGUUGGAAAAAUAUAGACAAAAUUAUUGUGCUACAAGUGAAGAUAUUAAAAGAAAGUUGAAUGAAUUAGAAAGUGAUGGAGUACUUGAGAGAAAAAUUUGGACAAGAACUGCACCUGCAGAUUUAUAUUACAGUAGAGAUGAAAAAAAUAAUAAGUUGAUGAAAGCAACUGGUAAAUUGGUUCAACUCUGCGAUGAUUUCAAAAAAAUUCUUAUUGAUAGAGCAUCAUCUGCCAGAGAACUUCAACCUCCAUAUGAAGCACCUGCCAGGAAAAAUAGAGCUAGACUUUGCAGACAUAAGUCAGAGGCUUGCAGUAGCUCUUCUUCGGACAGUGAUGAUUCAGUAGAUGAAGAUGACAGAACAAUGGAAGAAUUAAUGGCUAAGAAACAGCAUCCUCAGAGACUUCAUCCAGAAAUGUGGUUCAAUGAUCCAGGAGAGAUGAAUGAUGGGCCAUUGUGCAGAUGUAGUGCAAAAUCAAGGAGGUCUGGUAUCAGACAUGGAAUAUAUGCUGGUGAAGGGGCAAUAGAAAAAUGUGAUUCUCAUACUAAUAAUGCAGAUAAAUUGUAUCAUUAUCGUAUUACGAUUAGUCCGCCAACAAAUUUUUUGACCAAGACUCCUACUAUUAUAAAACAUGAUGAGCAUGAAUUCAUAUUUGAAGGUUUUUCCAUGUUCUCACAUUUUCCACUAGUGAAAUUGCCGACUUGUAAAGUAAUUCGUUUUAAUAUUGAAUAUACAAUUCUUUAUAUGGAAGAGAAAAUGCCGGAAAAUUUUACGAUACAAGAAUUGGAUUAUUUUCAGGAUUAUUUAUUCAAUGAAAUUUUAGAACUAGUAGAUUUUGACUUACAAGCCGCUCAAGAUAAAAAAGGUUGUGCUCAAUUUCAUUUUAUGCCGAGGUUUGUGCGCGAUCUGCCUGACAACGGUCAGGAGAUCCUUUCAAUGAACGAAGUUUUAAGUUACCUUAUAAAAUGUAGUACAUUACUGAUCGACCCCGAUGAGUUACCGAAGCUAGUUGAGAUGCCACAGUUUCAGUGGCAGAAUUUCGCUGAUGAGGUAAAGGGGAUGGUCGUUACUUAUCCCGGUAAGAAACCAUGUAGUGUUCGGGUCGAUCAGCUGGAUAGGAAUCAAGCUGAUCAACCCCCCGGAGUUAUUGCCUAUCCUGAGAUAGUACAUUUUGGUAUUCGGCCGCCACAACUAAGUUACGCAGGAAAUACCGAUUACCAGAGAGCCUGGCGAGACUAUGUCAAGUUUCGUCACCUGCUUGCCAACAUGCCAAAGCCGUCCUUCGAGGACAAGCGCAAAUUGGAGGCGAAGGAGAACAAGCUCCAAGAGUUGCGUACGCAGAGUAAAAUGAAGCGAGAUGUUACUGUGGACGUAACAUCUGAAGGUUUCUAUCGCACUGGCAUCAUGUGCGACAUUGUACAGCAUGCGAUGCUUAUUCCCGUUCUUGUCUGUCACCUGCGAUUCCACAAGUCACUUGAUAUGCUGGAGCAAACCCUUGAUUACAAAUUUAAAAAUAGAUACCUGCUACAGCUAGCGCUAACACAUCCAAGUUAUCGAGAGAACUUCGGUACAAAUCCGGACCACGCACGUAACUCACUGACAAACUGCGGAAUCCGUCAGCCGGAAUACGGAGACCGAAGGAUUCACUACAUGAACACGCGCAAGCGCGGUAUCAACACGCUUAUCAACAUUAUGUCUCGCUUUGGAGCAAAAAAGGAAACAGAGUCUUCCAUCGCUCACAACGAGAGACUUGAGUUUCUGGGCGACGCCGUCGUUGAGUUUCUCACCUCGAUUCAUCUCUUUCAUAUGUUCCCUGAUCUAGAAGAAGGAGGCCUUGCGACUUAUCGAGCCGCGAUUGUUCAAAAUCAGCACCUGGCUGUGCUGGCUAAAAAGUUGAAUCUAGAACAGUACAUGUUAUACGCUCAUGGCAGUGACCUGUGUCAUGAUCUAGAGUUACGACACGCUAUGGCUAAUUGUUUUGAGGCUUUGAUGGGUGCACUGUUUCUGGAUGGAGGCAUCAGAAUUGCGGAUACUGUUUUUGGUGAAACCCUUUUCAAGAACGAGUCGGACUUGUUAAAUAUCUGGGUGAAUUAUCCUAAGCAUCCACUGCAGGAACAGGAGCCGACUGGCGACAGACAGUGGAUACCCAGCUUUGAACUUCUUCAGAAACUGACAAAGUUUGAGGAAGGUAUCGGAGUGGAGUUUUCGCAUAUACGCCUCUUGGCUAGAGCUUUCACAGACCGUAGUAUCGGCUACACAAAUUUAACUUUAGGUUCUAAUCAACGUCUGGAAUUCCUUGGCGACACAGUAUUACAAUUAAUAGUAUCGGAGUAUUUGUACAAAUUUUUUCCCGAGCAUCAUGAAGGUCAUCUGUCGCUAUUACGUAGUUCUUUGGUUAAUAACAAAACCCAAGCAGUCGUAUGCGAUGACUUGGGUAUGACUCAGUAUGCUCUUUAUGGAAAUCCUAAGGCUGAGCUAAAAACGAAGGACAGGGCCGACUUGCUAGAAGCAUUUUUAGGAGCACUUUAUGUCGACAAGGGCUUGCUCCACUGCCAAGUAUUUUGUAACGUGUGUUUCUUCCCUCGCUUGCAAGACUUUAUCAUGAAUCAGGACUGGAAUGACCCAAAGAGCAAGCUACAGCAGUGCUGUUUGACUUUGCGAACUAUGGACGGUGGGGAACCGGACAUACCAGUAUACAAAGUUAUCGAGUGUAAGGGCCCAACAAACACGCGCGUUUACACAGUUGCUGUGUAUUUUCAAGGAAAGAGAUUGGCUAAAGCUUCUGGUCAUAGUAUUCAAGAAGCUGAGAUGAAUUCCGCUAAAGAAGCUCUUGAGAAGUCUCAAGAUCUCUUUCCUCAACUGGAUCAUCAAAAGCGUGUGAUAGCGAAGAGUAUGAAAAUGCAGAGCUGGUCUCAAGGCGGACUCAAAUUCCGAACAAUUCAGUCUUCCAAAUUCGACGACAGAAAUGAGGAUCGGAAUUCCGUCCGUCACGAGGAUCGUCGGCACGACAGUCGAAACGAGGGACGCCGUCGUGAUAAUAAAUAUGAGGAUCGCCAACGAGAUAACCGACAUUCCUCCGACUCAGACAGCGACAGUCACCGUAAACGGCGCAGUCGAAGCCGGGAACGUGUCAAGCGAUCUAGUCGCUCCCGUGAUCGCUACGAUAGCGUUGACCGUCGACUUCGAGACAAGCCCCGUAGCACCAGCUGUAGUAGUAGCAACAGCUGCCACAGUCCUGGCAGAUCUGUUAGAAACAAAAGCGCCGAACGGCAUUCUAGUUCAGACGAUUCUACCUCAAAUUGCACCGAGAAAGUAGCAGUCGCACGAGGCGAUGAAAAUGGUGAAGACAAGGAGUUGAAGCGUGCGAACAGAAAAAGAAGAAGGUCCUCGGUUUUGUCAAACGCAAGCAGCAACGAUGCCAGUAGUAGUAACAAUGUCUCUGAGACCGAUAAGAAAUGUCCCUUGCCUUUCUCAGAGAAAAAAAUGAAAAGACUUGAGUAAAAUAGUCGCGUGAUUUAUUUUUUUUAGUACAAACGAUCGAGUUUACAAGGUGACGAUUAUUUUCUACGAAUCGAUUAUAAUCGUUGAGAGGUUUAGAUGAGGAAUUAUGCUAUAUUAUCAAAAUGUUUAAACAACUUAAAUUACAACAAGUAAAUUCGAAUUGAAUUAUUAUUCGUAAAAACGUAGAAGUUAGUCGAUUUUAUUGCAAAGCUUCUAUUUGUACGACAUAGACUAACCAUCCUCUGCAUUAUAUGACAUUUUGCUAUGUUGUUUUUCUAAAGCUAUAAUAUUUGUAUACAUUAUUGCUUUGGCAUAUAGUGUUUUUAAUUAGUAGGCUCUUUAUGUACUGUAAUCUGUCGUACAAUAGAUAGCAAUGGCAUUUUUAUUGUUGAAUUUCUUAAUUUGACAUUAACAUGCACGUAAUCUAUUAUUUUUACUAGGAAUCUCUAGUGGUGAUACGUGAAUGCAGCAUUAAAGUGACAAAAAAGUUGGCAUUGAAUUAUGCAAAUUCGAUCUUUAUAAAUAACAACUACAAUAAUGUUAAUAAAAAAGUUAUAUUUAAAA